AUGCCGGGAGAGCAGCCUCCUCCUAGUGGCCUGCCCAUCUACACAAAUUUUGGCAAAGAAAAGGGUGCCAGUGGGGAGUCAAAUGAUACAUCUCUAUUGAAUGCAGAGAGAGAAGUGGAGAUUAUGAACCACUGCUUUGACGACGUGGAGCGAUUCAUGUCACGCUUGCAGCAGACAGCUGAGGCCCAGAGUGUUCUCAACCAAACGAAGAAGAAGAAAAGCAGAAAGAGCAAGAAGAAUAAGGACCAAGAUGAUGAUUUGUUGACCCUGAAAGCUUGCCCUCCAUCAGAGGAAGAAUUUGUGGACAUCUUUCAGAAAAUCAAGUACUCCCUCUGUCUUCUCGACCGUCUAAAGUCAUCCAUCGCAGAGCCUGAUGCACCAGAGCUGCUGCAUCCCAUCUUUGUGCCUCUUAGACUGAUGGUGGAAACCACUGGAGGGCCAGCGUUAGGUUCAUCGGUGGUCAGUCCUGCUAUGACCAGUGGUGCUGUUUCACUGCUUCAGAAGCACCUGACUGAGGAGGAAAAACAGCUGUGGACUUCCUUAGGACCUAACUGGAUUUCAAGCUGUUCGCACCUUAGUGUGUCUGGUUCUCCAUACUCACCUGUCUUCCUGGAUGGGUGGCAGCCUCAGGCCUAUAACUCAACGUGCCAGCUUAUUGAAGAUCCCAUCACGUCACAGCACAAACAAGAUGCUUUCAGGGAAAGUAGGCAGGCGCAGACUUUACACGACCAAGCUCGAAGGACAGCGGAGGGCCAUGGUGCAGGCACUGAUGAAGUAGAAGGAAAUUGGCUCCCACCAGAGGGAGAGAGACUUUACUGCUGCAGUUAUGACUUUGUGGCAAGAAACAGCAGUGAGCUUUCUGUGCUACAAGGAGAAACACUAGAGGUUAUUGAGUCAUCAAAGAGAUGGUGGAAGUGUCGAAAUCGCUUUGACCAGAUCGGAUUUGUCCCCUCCAAUAUCCUGGAGCCUCUGUCUGCACUGAAUAACACUGGGAGAGACAUCCCAGUGGUACGCAGAGAGUCACAGGUGCAAAAGACUCCUAUUUACCCUCGGACAAAGUACUUCUCAUAUGCUUCACCAAACCAAUUUGGGACCAAUCCUACUGCUACAAGCCAAAUGCGACCACAGAGUAUGGUUUUACCAUCUGCAACAACAAAGGAAGAAAACAGUGAGCGAGUCCUAAAAAUGAAUGAUGAGCUUUUUCGGCGGUUAGCUGGGAAAAGAGACUCAGUUCGUCCGCUGGUGGUUCCCCGCACCGCUGACACUUCUUCUCCCCUGAACUACCACUCAACGUCUGCCGAGGUGGAGGCCUGGCUCACCGCCAAAGGCUUCAGUCAGCAGACAGUUCAGAGUCUGGGCAUUUUAAAUGGAGCGCAGCUUUUUUCCCUGAAUAAGGAGGAGCUCCGCACUGUGUCACCAGAGGAAGGUGCAAGAGCCUACAGCCAAAUUAUGGUGCAGAAGGCCCUUCUCGAGGAUGUGCACAAAGCCUCGGAACUAGAAACGGUAAUGGAGAAACAAAAGCUGAAGAUUGACCUGAAAUCCGAGAGUGAUGUAAUGUGA